AGGGGAUCGUGAGUGCGUGGGCGGCUGGACUCCUCGCUGCCUCAGUUUCCCCAGCACUACCUCUGGUGGGGGUCGGGAGACAAGGCAACUUGCCAAACGCGCGCCUGCACACAGUCCGACUGUCCUUAGGCUGUCCCUGCACCUCCCCAAGUCUGACGGAGGCUCCUUUCUGCGCGCUACCUCUCAGCUCUUGAAAAUCCAGUCCUCCCGUUCGAGCCUCUCGGCGUUCUAUUGGAAAGACUUUAGGCUUUUGGUCUCCACUCUAGAAUGAACUGUUCAGACUGACGCGAGAGCGUUCCUGGAGCUAUAACUGCGCAGGCGCAAGGGCAGCCAACCCGGAAGGCGGAAGAGCCAGUUCGGACAGUUGGGUUUGGGGGCGCAGAGUGUGUUAACCAAUGACCUGAAGGACUGGGAGGGCGAGAUUAGGCCCGGAGUUGCUUAACGCUACUCUGGUGGGGGGUGAUUUACGAAAUGGGGUGAAGAGUGGUUCAAGGGCCCUCCAUGUCACCGUUCUUCUGGCCCGCGGAAGUUAAGCAACGCAGAGGCGGGCCUGAGACCGGAAGCAGGAAGGAGUGCGCAGGAAGCAGGGCGCCGUAGCCAGUCGCGCUGCAGGUCUGUGGGUCUGUUGGUCCCGAGGGCAGGAUGGAAAAGCUGCGGCUCCUGGGCCUCCUCUACCAGGAGUACGUGACUCGUCACCCAGCCGCCACGGCCCAGCUGGAGACGGCAGUGCGGGGCCUCAGUUACCUGCUGGCAGGUCGUUUCGCCGAUUCGCACGAGCUGUCAGAGCUGGUGUACUCUGCCUCUAACCUGCUCGUGCUGCUCAAUGAUGGGAUCCUACGGAAGGAGCUUCGAAGAAAGUUACCUGUGUCCCUGUCCCAGCAAAAGCUGCUGACAUGGCUGAGCGUGCUGGAGUGCGUGGAGGUGUUCAUGGAGAUGGGGGCUGCCAAGGUGUGGGGCGAAGUGGGACGUUGGCUCGUCAUUGCCCUCAUCCAGCUGGCCAACCACCUCCCCCCGCCAGCCUCGCCGUACUCCCAACCCAGGGCUGUACUGCGGAUGUUCCUGCUGAUCUGGUUCAAGGCUGGCCUCCAGACCUCACCCCCCAUCGUUCCGCUGGACAGGGAGACCCAGGCACAGUCCCAGGAUGGUGACAGCAGCCCUGGCAGCCGGGAGCAGUCAUAUGUGGGGAAGCGGUCAAACCGAGUGGUGCGAACUCUCCAGAACACUCCGUCCCUGCACUCAAGGCACUGGGGAGCCCCCCAGCAGCGGGAGGGACGGCAGCAGCAGCAGCACGAGGAGCUGAGCGUCACCCCCACCCCGCUGGGGCUGCAGGAGACCAUCGCAGAGUCCUUCCUGAGCCUCCUGAGCGAGAGGAAGGGCCUGACCCGGAGGGAGCGGCUGGAGCUGCGGCGCCGGACCAUCUUGCUGCUCUACUACCUGCUGCGCUCCCCGUUCUACGACCGCUUCUCCGAGGCCAAGAUCCUCUUUUUGCUCCAGCUGCUGGCAGACCAUGUCCCAGGCAUUGGCCUGGUCACAAGGCCACUCAUGGAUUACUUGCCUACCUGGCAGAAAAUUUAUUUCUACAGUUGGGGCUGACAGACAUUCCACAAUUGGGGUGUGGGGAAGGGCAGGGGGUGCCUCAACCCUUCAGUCCCCUGGUCCCCUCUGCCCUAAUAAAACUGACUCUGGCAGUGUCCAA